AUGUCAGAUUUUCUGGGUAGAAUCGGUCGUAUCACCGAAUGGGUGGUGGUGAGUAAUUUAGAAAAUCGAGCCGUUAACGCUGCCUGUGAUAAAGCCAGCGACUUAUGGAAAAAUCGAAAUAAUAAGAAUAAAAAAGAACCACCACCACAAUUUCAACCACCUCAAGCAGUAGCUGCUGCUGCCCAACCUACUUACGUACCUCCAAAGCCUGAUCAACCAGCCUUCUUAUUGGAUCAAUCGCAACAACAGUACAACCCAUAUCAACAACAGCAGUAUCCGCCACAACCACAAUAUUAUAAUUCACCUCAGCCUCUGAUGAAUGGACCUCCAAGUCAGCUUAUUGUUACAAUUCAAUGCGUUCAAGAUUUACAUACAAUUAACUACAAUCAACAAUUUCCCAUGAUGCCGUACGUCAUUCUAGAAUGUAAUUAUCAACGACAUCAGACGUCACCGUUGUAUCAAAGCGGGACACAGUGGAUUUCAAGCGGUACCAGUCAGUUCAUUUUCCCACUUAAUAAUAUUGAGAUGGAUCGAUUUUUUGUUUGGAUUCAAGACGGCCAAAAUCAACAGAAUUUAUUAGCUCGUGGUGAAUUUUCCGUACGCUGGCUGUUCGAUAAUAGUCGGGGACAACAACAGCAAUGGUUACCAUUAAGAAAUCAAUAUGAUCAGCCUGCGGGACAGAUAUUGGUUUCAAUUGAUUACAAACAAAAUACGCCGAGUAAUAAUAACUUUCCAUUACCCUAUCAGCCACCACCGCCCUAUUAUUAA